GCGCAUGUGCUAAGAAAAACCGAUUUCGUAGUUUAUGGGAGCAGCGACUCGCCGUAGAAUUGGCGGGUAUUGAAAAAACGUAAACAAGAGGAGGAAAAAUGGAGGAAAGCGAAGCCGCAACACAAAAGGAGACUGUAGAUCCCGUUUGUGGUACAAACUCAGUUGUAAACCGAGCUAAUGAAGCCACAGGAGAAGUUUCCUCACAGGUGUCAAUCCCUGGAUCAGUUGGUAAGCCUCCCGAGGACACAGCAGCUCGGUACAAGAGACUGAAGUUGUUCGACAAAGUGAUGCAGAAGAGCCUGGAGAAGUUCAUCGACCAUGCCAGUUUUAACAGAUUUGCCAGCACGUUUCGUCCGCUGUACAAAAAGAACCCACAGAGGAUGGAGAGCAUUCACAAGCAGUUCAUUAAGGAGCUGCAGAGGACCAUACAGGAGGACAUCAGCAGAUUGAUUGAAGAAGGUCGGUUAGAGAUCAAACUGAAUGAGCUGGACCAGCUGGAGAGUGCUGCCAAGAAGAAGGCAGACCCUGCAUGGCGGCCGAGUGGAGUUCCUGAGCAGGACUUUUGCAGCUUUUUGAUGCCAUACUAUCAAAAGCAGGAGAACUACAUGCGACAGGAGCUGAAAAAGAUUCAAGCAGAGAAUGCUGCCCUAUCACAGAAGGCCCAGGCUGGUAGAGAGAGUCUUGCUCAGACUGAAUUUCGUAUUUCUACCACUGUUGAUGAGUGGAAGGCAUCAGUCACAGAGUUUGAAAGGCUGGCGUCUUCUCUUUACCCUACCAAUGUCUUUGAUGUGUGAUCUUCAAAUAAUUUGUCCUGCAGAUAUAUCAAAUAACUUAACUGUACAUUUUGGAAUUGUUCACCAUGCCUGUUUG